AUGACUGGACAUCAACGACUCCUUCAUCUAGUUUGUUUUGCAACCCUCCUGUGGUCGUUUCUGUGUAACGGAGCCCCCUUCAAUGCGGUAUCCAUCCGUCAGGAGCAUAGCAGAUCGCCUGCAGAUAACAGCAUUGCCGACGAGUUUCUCCAGGGCCACACCACAUCUGAAUCCCCAUGCCUGGGCACCAACGGCCAAACGCUGUUGGAUAGAACCUUUUGUUCUACGCUAUUUAAGAAGGACCUGAAGAGGAAGCCUGGGUUUAGUUCUAAUUUACUGAAGGGUCUCCCUAAGCUGGCCACGAAGCGUCGCCCUCGUGUAGAGAAGAACAGCGAUCAGUCAUCUACUGAAGAGAGGUCUAAGAACAAGGGUUCGAAGAAGGGGUCUACUGACGAGGGGUCUGUUGAUGAGGCCUCUGCUGAUGAAGGGUCUAAGAAGAAGGCUUCGAAGAAGGGGUCUACUGACGAGGGGUCUGUUGAUGAGGCCUCUGCUGAUGAGGGGUCUAAGAACAAGGGUUCGAAGAAGGGGUCUACUGAAGAGGGGUCUGUUGAUGAGGCCUCUGCUGAUGAAGGGUCUAAGAAGAAGGCUUCGAAGAAGGGGUCUACUGACGAGGGGUCUGUUGAUGAGGCCUCUGCUGAUGAGGGGUCUAAGAACAAGGGUUCGAAGAAGGGGUCUACUGAAGAGGGGUCUAUUGACGAGGCCUCUACCGAAGAGGGGUCUAAGAAGAAGGCUUCGAAGAAGGGGUCUACUGACGAGGGGUCUGUUGAUGAGGCCUCUGCUGAUGAGAGGUCUAAGAACAAGGGUUCGAAGAAGGGGUCUACUGACGAGGGGUCUGUUGAUGAGGCCUCUGCUGAAGAGGCUUCAACCAAAGAGGGAUCUACUGAAGAUGCCCCUACUGAAAAGGGGUCCAACGAAGAGGCCCCUACUGAAGAGGCUUAA